GAAAACACUUUCAGUUUAGUGUUCCCAUUCAGGUGUCAACAAUUGAAUUUUCCCUUCAAACUCCUGCGAGCUUAAAACGCGGCGCCGAUAAGAAGAUUAGAGCGAUUUUUGUUGCGAAAACAUUGCACAAGUAUUUCGUUCGCGCAAAAUCGCCAAUGGGUUCUUCCAUCAAAAUAAUCCUCGCCAGAAUGAUGGUGGCCUUGGUGCUGUUGGUGGGCACGCACUGUUGUGCAUCGACCUCGUCGUCCCGACCGGCCACCAACUCCGCGAAUUCCGCAUCACCAUCCCAUACGCAGGUUGACUUUUACUGCCGAAAGGACGCCUGCCCGGGUGGGGUGGCCAACGUUGGCUGCCAGUGUGGCACGGGUGCGUCGUACGGGGCCGGGUGUUCCGGCAAGGCCGCUCAGAAAAUCGCCCUCGAUCAGCGCACGAAGGAUUUAAUCCUGCGAGAGCACAACUUGAAGCGCAACCUGAUAGCCUGCGGAUCCAUCGAACCUUUCGAGCCGGCCGCCAGGAUGGCAGAAGUGACGUGGGACGCCGAGCUGGAACACUUGGCCUGGUGUAACGUGAGACAUUGCGCCUAUGGCCACGACCACUGCCGCAGUACGAGGGCGUUCCACUUUGCCGGACAGAACAUAGCCCAGAGGACGGCCUGCCACGCGGGUGAUGGAAAGCUGCUGCUGCCACCGGCCAUGAAGCCAGACGAGACCAUCCGCAAAAGCAUCGGCACUUGGUUCCAGGAGCACGGCAAUGCCACUCUCGGCAUGAUUGACCGAUUUCCAGCGAAUGUUACGGGCGGUCCCAUCGGUCACUUCACCGUCAUGGUCAACGAAAAAGUCCGCCGGGUAGGAUGUGCCCUCAUCGCGUACCACGUGCAGCGCCAGGACCUGGGGACCAGCGCCAGGCGACCCAGAAGGAUGGUUUGCCUGGUGCACUACCUCGUGUGUAACUAUUCGCAUACUAAUUUUCUGCAGCAAAAAACCUACACCAAAAGUCCGGAACCGGUGCAGAAUUGCAGCGUCUACUCGGCGGAAUAUUCCUGUCUGUGCAGCAGCCGGGAACCGUUGCUGGCCAGCGGAGGAGGAACCUAUUAGCAAUUGAAAGAGCUUACCUGAGCGAAUGGAAAGAAUUUCAAUUAUCGACCACAGAGUAGGACAAGUGCGAAUAAAGACAAGUUUGAUAUGGAUGAGGAGUGCUGAAUGGAUGCGAACGAAUUAUGAAGGAUGUCCUCGAGAUAGAAUAAAAUUACCUAACAUUGGCUAGCGAAAUUCGGCCUUUCAUACGGACGAACUUUUUUAUUCUCAAAUUUCAAUUUCGUUCAAUCCUAGGAAUUAUCCGUUUUUUAUUUCUUGACCAGGCAUCCACAAAAUGGGUCUAAGGGGAAACAGGACAUUUCAACCGAAAAAAAAAUGUUUUGAUAGCAUAUUCAUUCCAUGAAAGGUCUUUGAAAUAUUUUUUUCCGUAGAUAGCUUCAAUUAUUCACAAUGAUCCAAUUUGUUAGAGGUGAAACUGAGCUGAGGUGAAGUUUUGAUAUCGUGAUAAGGAAUUUUCUAACCGACAUAAAAAAAAAAUAUAUAGACAUUUAAAUAACAAGCCAAAGUCUCAACAUUUGAAUGCAAAAAGUGAUUUAAAAUGCAUUUAGACUAGUCCAGUUGUUUUGCAAUCAUCAGUUUCAAAAAAAAGUAAGAUUUGACGAAAACAAAAAAAAAAAGCGAAAAAAAA